CCGAGCUCUUUAUCCCCCAUAAUUUGGUAAACUUGUCCGGUUUGAGCACUGUGAACGUCCCCUUUUCCCGCUCAUCCCUUGUUUGAACUGGGGGAGAUGGGGCGUCCCGUAAGAGAAAAGCUUCACUGGUCUGCUCGCUUCCCCUUGGCUCUGUUCCCCGUAAAACCCUAGCAUUCAAAAUCCAACCAAAGUUCUGCGCUCAAAGUCGUCGGAGAAGACGAUUUCCCCUCCCUAAGAAGACGGUCUCUGUUCCUGAAUAUAACGGUAAAUACCGUCUGGCUUUCGCGUUGUUUAUGUCUGAGGAUUACAUGACGGCUUUCAUGGAUGAAGGGAUCACAGCUGUUGCGAACGGCAGUGUGAUGGCAGCUUUUGCUAACGGCACGGUGAUGGCUUCGUCGGUGAAAGUAACUUCUAGUUCUGUUGGGGCAGCAAGUGGAACGAGGCGAAGUGCCAGACGUUUAGGAAAGGAGAGGCCAUACUACGGUAACAGGAGAGAGCUAGCUGAAGAGAUGGUGGAACUUCCCAAGAAACGGAAGAUAUGCCAAGGAAGGCAGGUGUUUAAGACUUCGAUUACUACAUUGAAAUCAAACUUAGCGUUGGAUGGUUUGAGUUCUUAUGGGAGAAGAGAACCGGAAGAAGAGGAGACGGUGGCUUCCAUGAAAAGCAUGAUUUCUAGAGGGAAAAAGGUGUCUCAGACUUCGAAUGAUCUUUUGGAGUCGAAAGUGGGAUCUGAUUCCGUGGAAUUUAAACAUGCUAGCGUAGUAAAUGGGGCUGAAACAAGAGCGAAAGUUUGUUUGUUGUCAAAUCAGUGGAAGGACAAGAACGGCAUAUCUUCGGAAACAGAGCUCAAUACAAGUGACGAAUGUGGGGAUUCAGAGAAGGCAUUCAAUGGUUCAAACAAAAGCGCAUAUAUGAGGGUGAAAGAAACCCUAAGAACCUUCAACACCAACUAUCUUCAAUUUGUUCAGGAGGAAGAGCUAAGGGUUAAAAGCUUGGAGGCCCAGAAUUUGAAAAUUUCUAAGGAGUCAAAAUCUAAGGGGCCAAAAUGUGAUGUAGAUAUUAAACGUGCUUCAAAGCGACCUGAUCUUAAGGCCAUAACUAAGGUGCCAAAAAAUGAUAUAGAUAUCAAAAGAGCAUCAAAGCGACCUGAUUUGAAGGCGAUAUCUAAGAUGAAGUCGAAUGGUUCUGUACUUUACACAGAGAAAAUGAUUGGUCACAUUCCUGGUAUUCCUGUUGGACAUCAGUUUUUUUCACGGGCAGAAAUGGUGGUUCUUGGCAUACAUAGUCAUUGGCUGAAUGGUAUAGAUUACAUGGGUGACAAAUAUGCUAAAUUGAUUAGUAGAGCUUUGAAAAGCUGGGAAUUUCAUAUAUCUCUGUACAUUGAACGUGCCCUCUUAAAAGACUAUUCACUGAGUAGAGCUUUGAAAAGCUGGGAAUUUCAUAUAUCUCUGUACAUUGAACGUGCCCUCUUAAAAGACUAUUCACUGAGUAGAGCUUUGAAAAGCUGGGAAUUUCAUAUAUCUCUGUACAUUGAACGUGCCCUCUUAAAAGACUAUUCACUGAGUAGAGCUUUGAAAAGCUGGGAAUUUCAUAUAUCUCUGUACAUUGAACGUGCCCUCUUAAAAGACUAUUCACUGAGUAGAGCUUUGAAAAGCUGGGAAUUUCAUAUAUCUCUGUACAUUGAACGUGCCCUCUUAAAAGACUAUUCACUGAGUAGAGCUUUGAAAAGCUGGGAAUUUCAUAUAUCUCUGUACAUUGAACGUGCCCUCUUAAAAGACUAUUCACUGAGAUUGUUUGAGGGCACCUAUUUUGUUCUGCAGAAUAGCAUGACUUGCGGUGUUCCUGUAAGAGUUAUUCGCGGGCAUGAUUCGACCAGCAGUUACUGCGGAAAAGUUUAUACCUAUGAUGGAUUAUACAAGGUCAUAAAGUAUUGGGCAGAGAAAGGUGUUUCAGGUUUCACAGUUUUUAAAUAUCGCCUUUGCCGGCUUGAAGGCCAACCCACACUAACUACUAACCAGGUUUACUACUCUCGCGCACAAGUUCCUACAUCAAUUUCGGAACUGCGGGGACUGGUAUGUGAUGAUAUUAGUGGAGGGCAAGAAAAUUUUCCUAUCCCUGCCACGAAUGUUGUUGAUGAUCCUCCUUUUCCUCCUUCAGGCGGCCCGACAUCUGUGGAGCUUGAUAGCGGUAGUCCAGCUGUGGUGGAGCUCAACGAUGGGAGUUUGAUAGUGGUGGAGUUCGAUGGUGGCAGUUUGUCGGUGGUGGAUAUCAACGAUGACGGUUCAACAGUGGUAGAUCUCAACAAUGAUAAUCUGACGAUGUUGGAGCUCGACGAUUGCGGUCCGGCGAUGGAGUGCAACGGCGGCAGCCCGGCAAUGGUGGAGCUCAAAAGUACUCCAGUGCUUAGAUCUGCCUUUUCAAAUUCUAGGUCUGGAUCCCAAGUGCCCACUUUCAUGAAGGAAGUUGGGCUCUACUUAUAA